CUGGGAUUUUAGAGGUGACAGAAACUUGCUAUAAGGAUUAACCUGGAUUGUGUUUUGUGGUGCAAUAAUCAAAGGGCAUACUGCUAAAAGGACAUAGCCAUGGAGUGGAGGAUUAUAGUACCUGGACUUUGUCUCAUUGGAAUCCUACUUGUACCAGGAAAUGCUGCUCAGAACAUUACCGAUAUCAGCAACAGUACUUCUGGAAAUCUAACUACAAAUCAGCCUGCACCUUCAAAUCAAAAUGCAACAACGAAUCUAACUGCAUCUACAAAUCAAAAUGCAACAACGAAUCUAACUGCAUCUACAAAUCAGCCUGCACCUUCAAAUCAAAAUGCAACAACGAAUCUAACUGCAUCUACAAAUCAGCCUGCAUCUACGAAUCAAACUACAAAUACAACUUCAAGUUUUAAUCAAACUACGACUCCAGCAACAACAGUCUCUACUCCAGCUGCAACAGUCUCCUCCGCUCCUAAUACUGCAUCACUUAACUUAGUGUUCAGUCUUACUCAAACCUUCAAGCCAGUGUUCUCCGAUCUGAAUGCUCCUGAGACCCAACAGUUGAUACUUGAGAUCACCAACACGUUUACUCCAAUUUACAAGAAACGUUUUCCAAACUUAAACCGGAUGAUCAUUCAGGGCUUCAGGAGUGGCUCCGUUGUGACUGAUUCUGUGCUUGAGUUUAACACCACAGCCGGCACUGCUCCUAAUGUGACAGACGUGAAAGACACCUUUAUUUCAGCAGUUAAUUCUGGGAAUUUGAAUUUUACAGUUGAUAACACAUCCGUCAGGGUUGCUGAUAUCAAACCAACCAGUGCUCCGACAACAGUCUCUACUACAAAUCAGCCUGGAUCUACAAAUCAAAAUGCAACUGCAAAUCAAACUGCAUCUACAAAUCAGCCUGGAUCUACAAAUCAAAAUGCAACUGCAAAUCAAACUGCAUCUACAAAUCAGCCUGGAUCUACAAAUCAAAAUGCAACUGCAAAUCAAACUGCAUCUACAAAUCAGCCUGGAUCUACAAAUCAAAAUGCAACUGCAAAUCAAACUGCAUCUACAAAUCAGACUCCAAAUACAACUUCAAGUUUUAAUCAAACUACGACUCCAGCAACAACAGUCUCUACUCCAGCUGCAACAGUCUCCUCCGCUCCUAAUACUGCAUCACUUAACUUAGUGUUCAGACUUACUCAAACCUUCAAGCCAGUGUUCUCCAAUCUGAAUGCUCCCGAGACCCAACAGUUGAUACUUGAGAUCACCAACACGUUUACUCCAAUUUACAGGAAUCGUUUUAAAAACUUCCGCCGCAUGAUCAUUCAGGGCUUCAGGAGUGGCUCCGUUGUGACUGAUUCUGUGCUUGAGUUUAACACCACAUCCAGCACUACUCCUAAUGUGACAGACGUGAAAGACACCUUUAUUUCAGCAGUUAAUUCUGGGAAUUUGAAUUUUACAGUUGAUAACACAUCCGUCAGCGUUGCCGAUAUCACACCAACCAGUGCUCCGACAACAGUCUCUACUACAAAUCAGCCUGCAUCUACAAAUCAAAAUGCAACAUCAAGUCAAACUGCAUCUACGAAUCAAACUACAAAUACAACUUCAAGUUUUAAUCAAACUACGACUCCAGCAACAACAGUCUCUACACCAGCUGCAACAGUCUCUUCCGCUCCUAAUACUGCAUCACUUAACUUAGUGUUCAGACUUACUCAAACCUUCAAGCCAGUGUUCUCCGAUCUGAAUGCUCCCGAGACCCAACAGUUGAUACUUGAGAUCACCAACACGUUUACUCCAAUUUACAAGAAACGUUUUCCAAACUUUCUCCGCAUGAUUAUUCGGAGCUUCAGGAAUGGCUCCGUUGUGACUGAUUCUGUGCUUGAGUUUAACACCACAGCCGGCACUGCUCCUAAUAUGACAGACGUGAAAGACACCUUUAUUUCAGCAGUUAAUUCUGGGAAUUUGAAUUUCACAGUUGAUAACACAUCCGUCAGCGUUGCCGAUAUCACACCAACCAGUGCUCCGACAACAGUCUCUACGACAGCAGACAGCGGUCGUUCUGAGUUCAAUAUGACCUUUAAAAUGAAUGAGGUCUUCACCAAUGAACUAUCAAAUAUCAGCUCUCCUCAAGCCGUAACUCUGGCAAAGAAUAUCACUACUCAGUUUGAUGGAGUUUUAAAGAAACGUUUUUCAAACUAUGUUGACAUGAAAAUUUGGCGAUUCAGGAGUGGCUCUGUUAUUGUAGAUUCUCUAUUGGGAUUUAACAAAACUAGCACAGCUCCUACAGCGACAGAACUGGUUAACCUCAUCGUUGAAAGUGCUAGAAAUGGGUCAUUCACAUUCACAGUCAGUUCACUAUCUGUUACAGACUCAACAGGAAACACUGUUAACAGGUCUCCGGUCCUGGCUAGUAUGCUGACUGCUUUGUGGAUGACGCUAGCAUCACUCGUGGUGUCAGCUGUGAUGCACUAAACACACAAAAUGAACGUGGCAUCUCUGAUCUUUUCACAUUCAGAAUCAGAAAGUCACAAAGCAAGACAAUCCAAGUUAUGAUCUAGCUGUGACAUUUACUAGUCUUUUCUUGGUAUUUUGGUUUCUUUUGUUUACAAAAAGCAUGUUGUUUAUGUGUACGCUGAGUGGGAGAAAGAAUGAGGAUUGGUUCAUUGGAACCAAAUCUGAACAUUUCUUUAUGACACAGGAAUGGCAUAAGUGAAAGUUACCUAUAGAGCUAUUAUGUUGUAAUUUAAAAUUGAGAUUGUUUUGCUCUUCUGAAAAUGGAUUGAACCAUAAACUAUUAUUAUUUACCUACGUGUUAAUUAGAUUCUGAAGAUGUGAAAUCUAUGUAUUUAAUCUUUAAGUAAAUUGAAAAUGUUCUGCUAAAUGUUCUCUAUUAUGUUUUAUGAAGUAUAUAUUUAAUAAAAUGGUGGAAUCCUGUUCGUUUAGUAAAUUCCGUGCUGCAAAAAC